CCCGCCCCCCGCCGCGCCUGGGCCGAGGCGAGCGGAGCCGCGGGCGCUGCGGGCGGACAAGAUGGCGGCGCCGGGCGAGUACUUCAGCGUGGGCAGCCAGGUGUCCUGCCGCACCUGCCAGGAGCAGCGCCUCCAGGGCGAGGUCGUCGCCUUCGACUACCCCAGCAAGAUGCUGGCGCUCAAAUGCCCUUCGUCCAGUGGGAAGCCCAACCACGCAGACAUCCUGCUCGUAAACUUACAGUAUGUGUCAGAAGUGGAAAUAAUCAAUGACCACACGGAAACGCCUCCCCCCUUAGCUUCCCUGAACGUCAGCAAGCUUGCCAACAAAGCACGGACGGAGAAGGAGGAGAAGAUGAGCCAGGCAUAUGCAAUUAGUGCUGGUGUCUCCCUGGAGGGGCAGCAGCUCUUCCAGACUAUCCAUAAGACCAUUAAAGACUGUAAAUGGCAGGAGAAGAACAUAGUUGUGAUGGAAGAAGUCGUUAUUGCUCCUCCGUACCAGGUGGAAAACUGUAAAGGCAAAGAGGGAAGCGCCCUGAGUCACGUACGGAAAAUAGUGGAGAAACAUUUCCGGGACGUGGAAAGCCAGAAGGUCCUGCAGCGUUCACAAGCACAGCAGACACAGAAGGACACGUCCCUGUCAUCCUGAGGCCAUCUCGGGAUGAGAUCACCCUGUCCCCGUUGUACCCUCCCUCCCGGGAGGCGGCGCCGGGGGCACCUUCACGCUUUUAUUUCCUUUUUUUUUUUUUUUUUUUGGGGGGGAAAAAUCUCAACUCAAAUUCCAACUUUAAGAACUUAAAAAAAAAAAAAAAAAAAAACGAGAAAAAGAGAAUAAUUUAAAAGCUCCUCUUCACGCAUUACUUGACUAACAGACUUUGGUUUUUCUCUGCCAUGUUUUCUCCCCUCCAGCAGGGCAGGCUCUGUUAAUUUUAUUUUUUGGCUUUUUUUUUUUCCUUUUUUCCUCCCAGUUUCUACCUUUCCCUCUCCCCACCCAAAAAACGCCCAAAAAAUAAAAUUACAAGCUCACUGCGGUGGCCAACCCGGGACCCUCGUGACCAACAUGGUCUCGUUUUAAUUUUGUUUGCACAGGGCAAGGCUUGAAUUAGUCUUAUUUUUCUUAUCUUUAAAUAUAUAUAUGAAUAUAUAUUAAAAUGUUCUUUAAAUAUUUGCUUCUAGCAGGAUUGUGGCAAAAAAUCCCCCCUAACGCCCAUCCCAGGAUCAUCCAGAACCUGGAUUUGGGGUUCCCCCCCCGCUUAUUUCCUUUAUGUUUUUAAUUUUUUUGCCCUUUUUCAUUUAGUUUUUAAUUUUUUUAAUUUUUUUU